AUGGAAAUUAUAGAUAAUGAACUAUAUGUUUAUGCUGCUAAUAUCUCCCUCAUUGAUAUCAAUUCUGUGGCCAAAAAAAAGGCUUCGAAUUCAAAUAAUUCAUUUACAUCCAAGAUAUAUAAAUCUGUUCGAUCAAGACUCUUAACCACACAUCAGAAUGCUAACGAAAAAUCGUCUAAAGAAACUUCGACUAAAAUGAAUAAACAUACGAUUGAUUUAACUACCGAAAAUUCUCACUUUUCAAAACACGCACGGGUAGAAGAUGCGAAGAAAGAAGAUGAUCUUUAUAAACAAAGUGCUGAAUGUAGUAAAAAAUAUGUAAAUGGGAAUAACGAGUAUGAGAAUAAUGUUGAAAUUAUUGACAAAAAUGAAUGCGCUGUACAAGAUCAAGAAAAAAGAAGUAAAGGUAAAGAAAAAAUGGUACAAUUUACAGUGCAUAAUACAAGAAGUCGAUCCGAGAUGGGUAAAAAUACAAAUGAGAAAAGAUGA